AGAACAGAUCCAGAAAUUCAAUACAGCCAGAUCAGAACACCUAGACCAGAACAGAACACUCUAAAACACUAUCAGACUAACUAGAAAAUACUAGAACAUCAUCUGUGUAGAAAAUACUAGAACAUCAUCGGAGUAGAAAAGGCUAGAACAUCAUCUGAGUAGAAAAGCCCAGAGCAGUAGUGGGUUGGAUAAGACCACAACAAGACAGGACCGGAUUGGAUCGGAGCUGGACGCCACCAGAGCAGGUGAUCACGCUGCCACAGUACAGUUCCUCUGCCUCCUCUUUCCAGUCUAUUCAAGAGACCCAUUGAGAGAACACUCUCUCCAGGGAAGGCCGGCUGUUAGGUCUCACCCACUGAACUUCAGAGGGAGGCAACGACUUCAACAGACACACACACAUUGCUACUUUCUGCUGGACCCUGCAGCCAACCCUGCCUCCCCUCCAAACUCUUUCCAUUGCACCGAGAGCAAGUCUCUUCAGACGUUCUUGUGACAAACACCUUUUGUGUUGGUGGAGGUGCCGUGGUUGUUACUGGAUAUACAACACAAGAAUAAGAACAACACAAGGGUCUUCUCAACAACUUCUCAACAACAACUCUUGUUUCCUGUUGGAGUGGUGGAGUUACUGGAUCUUGUAUCUUGGCUCUUAAGAAAGAACGCAAAACCACCGCAAUUUUAAAAAAAGUAAGCAAAAGUACUCAAGUUCAAACAGUACAGAGCCUGCUACCUUUUUUUUCUCCCAGCAAAGGUGACUUCUAUGAGCGACUGAUCUUCCUGUCUUGUGAUCCACCAAUUCACAGCUGGUUGGAUCAAAGUUGUGUCAGGAUCCUUACCCUUACUUUUACUUUACUGACAACGCUGGCACACAACACACAACACACAAAACACCAUCAUCAUUUUGAAAUUAGGCUCUCUUCAACUGCGCCGAAUACCCAUCUCCUCUAGUGGUGGUUCUGGUGGACACAAUCAACACUCGCUCGACACAAUCACACACACACAGGAGACAUGGAGCCGAGCAGCAUCCGCGAGGACCUGCGUCUGUACCAGAGCACGCUGCUGCAAGACGGCCUGAAGGAGCUGCUGAACGAGAACAAGUUUGUGGACUGCGUGCUGAAGGUGGGCGAGCGCAGCCUGCCCUGCCAUCGACUCAUCAUGGCCGCAUGCAGCCCCUACUUCAGAGAGCUCUUCUUCGGCACCGAGGAAGAGGAGAAGAACAAGGACAAGUCGAAGGUGAGAGAGGUGGUGUUGGAGAACACGGACGCCUCGGUCAUGGACAUGAUCAUCAAGUACCUGUACUCGGCCGACAUCGACAUCACGGAGGAGAACGUGCAGGAGGUCUUCACGGUGGCCACGCGCUUCCAGAUCCCGUCCGUCUUCACCGUCUGCGCCAACUACCUGAUGAAGCAGCUGAGCCCCGUCAACUGCCUGUCCAUCUACCGCAUGGGGCUGGUGCUGAGCUGCCCGCGGCUGGCGGUGGCGGCGCGCGACUACGUGUGCGCGCGCUUCGAGACGAUGUGCCAGGAGAGCGAGUUCCUGGAGCUGGCCGCGCACGAGCUGUUCGCCAUCAUCGGCGUGGACGGGCUCAACGUGGAGCGGGAGGAGCUGGUGUUCGAGACCGUGAUGCGCUGGGUGCGCAAGAACAAGGAGCACCGCCUGAAGGUGCUUGGCGACGCCCUGGACCACGUGCGCUUCCGCCUCAUGCCUGAGAAGUACAUCAAGGAGAAGGUGGAGAAGGACGACCUGAUCAAGGCCGACCCCGAGCUCGUCAAGAUGGUCAAGGCCGUCAAGGACGCCUUCGCCGGCAAGAUGCCCGAAAAGAAGAAGACGACGAAGGACCAGAAGGGGCAGGCGAAGGGGAAGGGGAAGGAAGGAGAGGGUGGCGAAGAAGAGGAGGCGGAGGACGACGGGUUGCCGGGAUACCUGAACGACACGAAGCGUAUCGGCAUGUUCUCCAAGGAGCUGAUCCUGAUGAUCAGCGACACGGCCGCCGUGACCUAUGACUCAGAGGACAACGAGUGCUCGCUGGCCGCCAUGUCCGAGCAGAUCCCACGCAACCACGUCAGCAUCGUCUCCGCCAAGAACCAGCUGUACGUGCUCGGGGGCCUGUUCAUGGACGAGGACAACAAGGAGACGCCACUGCAGUGCUACCUCUAUCAGCUGGACCCCAUCGCUUCUGAUUGGAUAGCUCGCCCCCCUAUGCCCUCCCCUCGAUGCCUAUUCGCCGUGGGGGAGUGUGACAACUUCCUGUUCGCUAUUGGUGGCAAGGACCUGCAGAGCAGAGAGUGCUUGGACUCAGUGAUGUGCUUCGACACAGAUAAGCUGAAGUGGAUUGAGGGCAAGAAGCAGCCCCUGCGGACCCACGGCCACUGUGCCGUCUCCCAGUACGGCAUGAUCUACUCCAUCGGAGGACAAACAGAGGACGACACGUACCUCAACAAGAUGUUUGUGUACAACCAUAAGAAGGCGGAGUGGAAGGAGGUGGCGGCCAUGAAGACCCCGAGGGCCAUGUUCGGGGCCGGCGUGCACAAGGGCAAGAUCAUUGUGGUGGGCGGAGUCAACGACACAGGCCUCCUCAGCUCCUGCGAGGCCUACGACUUCGGAACUAACAAGUGGGAGGAGUUCCCAGAGUUUCCUCAGGAGCGCAGCUCCCUGAACGUGGUGAGCAGCGGGGGGUCCCUGUUCACCGUGGGGGGGUUCACCUUGCUGGAGACCGACAACAAGGAGGUCGCCCCCACCGAGAUCGCAGACAUCUGGCAGUACGAGGACGAUAAGAAACAGUGGACGGGUCUGAUCCGCGAGAUGCGCUACGCGGCCUCGGGGGCCUCCUGUGUGUCCAUGCGCCUCAACGCCGCCAUGAUGCCCAAACUUUAAAAUUACACACGCUCACACCUCACACUUACUCACAACCUCACUACACACACACACGCUCACACUUACUCACAACCUCACUACACACACACACACGCUCACACACACCUCACACUUACUCACAACCUCACUACACACACACACACACGCUCACAACACACUCACACCUCACAUUCACUCACUAAACACUGCCAGGAUGCAUAAACUCUAAACACACUCCUCACACACACACACACACACACUCACACACAUGCUCACAACACACUCACAACCUCACACUCACUCACUACACACUGCCAGGAUGCCCAAACUCUAAACACACUCCUCACACACACACACACACUCACACACAUGCUCACAACACACUCACAACCUCACACUCACUCACUACACACUGCCAGUAUGCCCAAACUCUAAACACACAUAUACUCACAGCACACGCACACACUAACAACUACCCCAAUGCCCAAACUCUAAACACACUGUCACAACCUCACAUUC